AUGCUUGAGCAUCAUCACCGAUCCCCCAUGUUCUACGUCUUCCCAUGGAUCUUAUUCUCUUGCCUUAUCCCUCCUUCGUUAAGCUACGCUUGCAACCAACUUGAUCAGAACUCUCUCUUGUCCAUCUCCCACAGCUUCACUCCUCCUCUAAAUUGGCCAUCUAAUGUCAAUUGCUGCCUCUGGGAAGGGAUUGCAUGCGAUCAUAACGGUUGGGUCACCCAUGUUUGGCUCCCCUCUGGAGGCCUUAGCGGUAGCAUCCCUCCAUCUUUAGGAAACCUUACACAACUCUCUCAUCUCAAUCUUUCCCACAAUACCAUUACUGGACCACUUCCAUAUGAUUUAUUUUCAUCAUUAAAUCACCUUAAGAUCCUUGAUCUUAGCUUCAACAGGCUGAAUGGAGAAUUACCGUCGCUUCUUACAUCAAAUGGCUCACCCAUCUCCCUCCAAAUGUUGGAUUUGUCCAGCAAUUACUUUCAAGGGUCAUUAUUCCAAUCUCCAUUUCUUCAGAGAGCGUGGAAUUUGUCGAGUCUUAAUGUUAGCAACAAUAGCUUCGUUGGCCGUAUCCCUUCCUCUAUUUGUAACAAUUCCAGCCUUGUUAGGCUCUUGGAUUUCUCUUACAAUCAUUUCAGUGGCCAAAUCCCUCAUGAACUAGGGAAAUGCUCCAAGCUUGAGGUUUUUCGUGCAGGUUUCAACUCGUUAUUUGGACUGCUUCCAGCUGAUAUUUAUCACAUGUCAGCAUUGCGAGAAAUUAGUUUACCUUCCAAUCAUCUCUCGGGACCAAUUGGCAGCAACAUCGUUCAGCUCGUUAACCUCACCCUCAUUGAGCUCAACAACAAUGAACUGAAUGGCAUGCUCCCUCAAAAUAUCGGGAAGCUUUCUAACUUGGAACACCUACUCCUCCAAAUGAACAAUUUAAGUGGUACAAUUCCUGCUUCCUUGUUGAAUUGCACCAAUUUGAAAAGAUUGAGUUUGCUGUCCAACAAGUUAGGAGGUGAUAUCUCCACUUUUAAUUUCUCCAAGCUUUCCAAACUUGUCAUUGUUGACCUUGGCUUUAAUCACUUCAUAGGUCAAUUGCCAGUAAGCCUUUAUGCAUGUAAGUCCCUGAAAGCAAUUAGACUUGCCAAUAACAUGCUAGAAGGACAUAUCACACCUGAAAUUCUUGCUUUGCAAUCUCUUUCACUCCUUUCACUUUCUGGAAUUAAGUUAACCAACAUCUCAGGGGCAAUCAAAAUUCUAAUGGGUCUGCACAACCUUAGGGUCCUCUCGCUUGCCAAAUGCUUUGUAAAUGAGAUAAUGCCAGAUGAUAACAGCUUGGUUGAUUCAAUUGGAUUUCAAAAUCUUCGAUAUUUGAGUAUAGGCUUAUGCCAACUCGUUGGACCAGUGCCAACAUGGUUGUCAAAGCUUAGAAAACUAGAGAUUCUCAUACUAAAGAGGAACCAAAUUAGAGGUCCAAUUCCUAGUUUCUUAGGGACUUUGCCAAGACUCUUCCACAUUGACUUGUCAAGAAAUUUCAUUUCUGGAGAAUUUCCACUGGAACUUACUAGACUGCCAGCAUUAACACCUAAGCAGGCUUCUGAACAAGUUGAUCAAAUUUAUCUCGAUGUGCCUCUGAUUUUUGGCAUCAAAUCAAUUUCACAAAGUGGUAUUAGACAAUACAAUAAAAUCUCAAACAUGGGAAAAGUAAUUGAUGUGAGUAACAACAGCUUGAGUGGUAAUAUUCCUAUUGAGAUUGGUCAAUUGAAGUCUCUUCAAUACUUGAAUCUCUCUCAAAACAACUUCUCUGGCAACAUUCCACAUCAACUAUCCAACCUUUGUAACUUAGAACAACUAGACCUCUCCAAAAACAAUCUUUCUGGUGAGAUUCCACAAUCGUUAAAAGGUCUCAAUUUUUUGUCCAUGUUUAAUGUCUCAUACAACAAUCUUCAAGGAGCAAUACCAUUAGGCACUCAACUUCAAAGCUUUGAUGCUUCUGCAUAUGAGGGGAAUCCUAAACUUUGUGGCCCCCCACUUCCAUACCAAUGCCAAGUUGUUGGCAUCAAUAAUGAAGAUGGGAGCAUUCAAGAUGAGGAAGACGGGCAUGAAACUCCUUGGUUCUAUGUGAGUAUGGCACUUGGAUUCAUCACAGGGUUUUGGGCAAUUUGUGGUAGUUUAUUAUUCAAACCUUCUUGGAGUCUAACUUUGCUUCUAAGUGGUGAAAAAGCUCUCAAGAAGGAGUUUUUUGGCAGCGUCAGAUCUAACACAUUAAUCAUUGGUUGGUUGUUAAGCGAAUUCUUCGCUACCUCAAAAGCACCAUUGAUCAUGGUCUCUUCUUCAAUUGAAAUUCCUCCUCUUGCUUAUCUGUUUUCUUCGAUGCUGAUUAGAUGGGUUGUGCUGGUGAUCAUAAGCCUAUUAGGGCAUAUUGUGUGGGUUCUAACCUUAUUUUCUGGUCUUUCUAAGAAGCAGCCUAUAGUUGCACGUUCGUCCACUGAGGCUGAAUACAAAUCGGUUGCUAAUGCCACUGCUAAAUCCUUGUGGGUUAUGUCUCUACUACGUGAACUUAGCAUUUCUUUGUCCUCUCCUCCGACUUUGUGGUGUGAUAAUGUGGGUGCCACUUACGUUUCUGCUAAUCCUAUGUUUCAUGCUCGGAUGAAACAUGUGGAGAUUGAAUAUAACUUUGUGCGUGAAAAAGUGCAACAGAAACUCUUGGAUGUUCGGUUCAUCCCAAGUCGCGAUAAGAUUGUUGAUGCUCUUACUAAGCCUCUGCCCUCUACAAGUUUUAAAUUUCUUCGGGACAAGUUGAACGUUACUUCUGCACCGUUCAGCUUGCGAGAGAGUAAUAAAAGAUGUUUAAAUUCAAAGUCAGUCACAGCAAGUCCACAUUCAACAAACCUGCAUCAAUCGAAUCUCACGCCUCAAACAAACUCUUGA